CAGGACUGUGGUGAUUUCUUCCCUGUAAUCCUGUGACCAAUACUGGCAGUGCCAUGCUCCCAUUAUUUUUGUUACUGCUGAGCCUGCAGAGUCUUAACCAGCCAGCAGCAGCAGAAAAUGAGGGACUUUUAUUGAAGGUUGAAGAUGGUAUAGCUAAAGAUCCAACACCAGCAACUAACGAGGCCUCUGAUGACUACUAUGAAGAAUCUCCUGAUAAUGAGCAAACUAAUACCAACUCACAAUGGUUGUAUGAAUUCAUUGAAGAGACAGAUGAGUGUGAUCCAAAUCCCUGUUACAACAACGGUGUAUGUGAGAAUGACGGCGAUGGUGAUUUCAAAUGCACUUGCCCUCGGCCUUUUAAGGGCAAAAGGUGUCAAACUUUUAUAAAUGUGUGUAAGAAUGUCAAAUGUGGCCGUGGCGAAUGCGUUAUUACUGACGAAGAACCCUUUUAUGCGUGCAAGUGUAUUGCCCCCUUCCAGCCUCCCAACUGCAGGAGACCCUCAGCCUGUAAUCCCAGUCCCUGUCUGAAUGGUGGAACGUGUGUUAAGGGUCGUACAAGAACUAAAUUCCACUGCAAGUGUCCUGAAAACUACAGUGGACAGUUCUGCCAAGUUGGCCCUGAUGAUUGUUAUGAGGGAGACGGGGCAUCAUACAGAGGUUUCGUCAGUGAAACGGUAUCUGGACAUGAGUGUCUGCCUUGGAAUUCUCAUCUUAUAGCAUUUUCUGCUGCUGAUAAUAAUGAUGAUAAUGAGGUUGAAGAGGAGGAUGAUGGAAUUGGAGAGCAUAACUAUUGCAGGAACCCAGAUGGGGAGAGCAAGCCUUGGUGUUUCAUCAGAUUCAAUAACACAUUGUUCUGGGAUGAAUGUAAUGUCACACACUGCCCUGAACCAGUUUUAACCCCAACUGAGCCAACAACUGAUGAAGAGGCAGAACAUGUAACAAUCACCACGCCUGCUCCAGAAAAUGAGUUCACGGUUUGUGGAAAGCUAUGGCCAAGUAGGAUUACACCUAGGAUCUUUGGUGGGAGGAAAACCAAGCCUGGAACGCAUCCCUGGCAGGCCUCAGUGCAGAGGCGCCCCAGAAAUAGCACUCAUCCUUUCAUUCAUGACUGCGGGGGAAUUGUCCUCAACUCCUGCUGGAUCCUCACUGCUGCUCAUUGCAUAUACAAAACAUAUGAGAUGCAGGUGGUUCUGGGUGGGGUGGAUCUGGACAAGCAUGAGGCAGCAGAUCAGAUUUUGGCAGUUGAAAAAUAUAUCGUGCAUGACAACUACACCGAAAUUGACGAUGUCCAGUAUAAUGAUAUAGCCCUGCUCAAACUGAAGGCUGUGUCUGAAGAUGGACUUUGUGCCAGAGAAACCAGGUUUGUUAAAGCUGCCUGCCUGCCCCCUGGCCCUUUUCCUGAUGGGAUGGAAUGCUCUAUAUCAGGCUAUGGUGUCACUGAGAAAGAUGAGAGUGGUUCCAGGCAGUUGCUGGACACAAAAGUCCUCCUGAUCAACCAGAACCGCUGCAUGGCUCCUAAUGUUCUUGGUAAAGUGUUGGAUGACAGCAUGCUCUGUGCUGGACGAAUGCAAGGAGGGGUUGAUGCCUGCCAGGGAGAUUCUGGAGGCCCACUGGUCUGUAAGCAGAACGGCACACAAUAUAUCUAUGGAGUGGUGAGCUGGGGUGACGGCUGUGGCAAGAAGAAUAAACCUGGCGUUUAUGCCCGUGUCACUCAAUUUCUUGACUGGAUCAAAGAAAAGAUGCACUCCACGUAAAACUGGGCCACAUUUUGAUUGAUGUACAUUGUACGUGACAAAGUGACAUAUAUUAUCCAGUUCAUGGCCAUAAAUCAUACACCAAGCAAUAAGUAAUCUACUUAUAAAGUUUGAACUGUGAGACAUCUGUAUUAUAAAAUCUCCACAAUCUAACUGUCAUUACACAAAUCAGUUUUUCAUUUCAUCAUUAUGGAAUGCUAUAAGCAAUAAUUAAAGUUUUGUUCAUCAAAACA